AUUUGAUAUAAUCGGCACAUAAAUAUAAUAAACAUAAUAAAUGAGUUGCUGACAGGGAAAGAGUACGACUGUUGCUAUUCAUGCCGGAAGAAGUUUGACGGGAGCAUCAACGAAUCACCUUCUGAGAGACCGAGGAAGUCAUAGAGAGAUGGACGUGAGUUCGUUGUUCAAGGCUAGCGUGAAGGCGGUGAAUCUGCGAAACAAGGAUCUCGGUACACCGGCAGCAGAGAGCCAACCGCGAAGAGUCAGGAGCAAGAGCACCUUCUGUGUGAAAGCACACGCAGUGGUCAUGCAGAUCUCUAAACUGCGCGAGUUCCUGCUGGAGAAUCGCAAAGCCUAUCUGAACUUCUCCAACUAUCUGUCCGCGGCACCGUACAUGACGGAUGCGGAGCGCGACGAGAUUGAUCUGGGUGCACAGCGGAUAAUGAGCACCUGUUCGCAGCUGGUCAAAGACUUGAAGCGAGAGAUCGCUGCGUCGACGGAGAUCACCCAGCAGAACAUCGAGCAUCGCGAGAUCAUGCUGCUGCUUAUAGAGGACUACCUGAAGAAUGUCUGUAAGAUAUACUCGGAGCAGAAGGCGAUGCGUGUGAAGAAGGCCAUGGAGAUGCGAAGGAUUUCCAGGCUGCAAGCAGACCAACCAUCGGCGACGGUGACGAAAAAAUCGGCUCUGAACGCAGUCGAUUCCGCGGACGAUAAUGAUAUCAAAAACGGCUCGAACGAAUCUAGCCCGAUGAAGAUCCAGGAGAUCAAUGACGACGUCAACACGAUGACGUACGAGGAGGAAUUGUCGGCGGAAGAUAUCCAGAUGUUUGAGUCGGAGAAUGAGCAGUUGUACAGCGAGCUCAACACCAUGACGGAGGAGGUGAAGCAGAUCGAGAGCAAGGUAGUGCAUAUCGCUGAGCUUCAGGAGAUCUUCACGGAGAAGGUUCUGGAUCAAGACAAAGACCUGGAUAGGCUGAUGACAACGGUGGUCGGAUCGACGGAGAACGUGAAGGAGGCAAACGAGCAGAUUCGCCAAGCGAUUCAGCGGAAUGCUGGCCUCAGGGUGUGGAUCCUCUUUUUCCUUCUAGUGAUAUCGUUCUCGUUAUUGUUCCUCGAUUGGUACAAUCCAUAAGUGUUGAUCUCUUCGAAUUGUUCUUAAGAUACGGGAGUGAGGAAAGGCGAUGUACAUUUACAAGAGAUGUUUGAUAUAAUCCGUAAAAUGUAUUUCUGUUAUUAAAUUAUUGAAUUUUACGGAUCGUAUCAAUUGUUACUUUCGUAAAAAUGAAAGAAGAGACGUUAAAAAGUUGAUAGAAAGAAAGAGAAAGAGAGAAACGUUUGCCAAAAAAUAUGUUGCUAUAUUUUAUCCCCGGACAUUAUUGUACAUAAUAGCUAUAACUUACUAUAUGCAGGGAACAAAAUAAUAUGAAUACCUAGGAAAUAUACGAUUUAUUUUAUAUUAUUUUUAUGAAUAAAAGGUUGGCCCACCAUUUGCCUUUGAUGCACAUCUUAUAUCUUUGUUGGAAUAGAGUCAUACAAUGAUUGAACAGUUAGUAAUGAAAUGUCAUACUACUUUAGAAGAACGUCUUUCAAUUGCUUAUAUAAAUAAUAUUAGAGGAGGAAAUUUAUUUAUCACUCUAUUUUCUAAAAUUGUUCUCUGUUCUUUAAAAUUUCAACAUCUUUCUUGUAAUCACUUGAUUUAAAUAUUAAGUCAUUUGUAGUUUUGAAGAGCAGAUUGAGAUUUGCUUCCUCCAAUAUCUUUCAAGCAAUUAGAAGAGGUUGUUGUAUUGUAUUUCUCUGGUAUUCACAUAUUAUUUUAUCAAUCCCC